AUGAAUUGUCCUUCUCGAACUGACGAUGAAGUCCUCCUGAACCCAACCUGGAAUCAGAACCCACCUCGCUUUGCAGCCGAUCUCACGACAUGCCAAGAUUUAAAUGGAAUUGCGAAUGCCAGGGAGCUCAGUGAUGCUGAUCGAUUGCGCAGCGGCGCACAAGGUCUCAGACGCUGCGACGUGGACCAACGUCAUUUUCAAGAGAAGGAGAAGCAAUUGUUUGCGCUUGGGAAGGGUGUCAAGGGUCCUCAAAAUGGACCUUGCACCCGAACAACCGCAAUCAUGAGAAAUGAACAUCAAUUUGGCGUCAGCAUAGCUGGUCGCAAAAUGUCGCAGACGCAGUUCAAGAGCUGGGGUCGCUGGAUCCUCUCUGUGCUCUGCACCUCCAUGUUCAUGUCUUACAUGGGCAGAAAUCGAACAUCGAGUGUCCCGGCAACUCACCACUACCCUAAGCGAGAUGGCUGUGCUGUCGGCGGCGCGCAGCCUGACUACAACCUACCUUUCCACGUCGGAGGGCUGUUCAUGAUCCUUUUCAUCUCCUCAACAGCAUGUGCCUUCCCGAUUCUGGUGAUCAAGUUCCCCCGUCUGCGCAUACCCGCGUCUUUUCUCUUCACUGCGAAGCACUUCGGAACUGGUGUCUUGAUUGCAACAGCGUUCGUGCAUCUGCUACCUACAGCGUUCCUGUCACUCAGCGAUCCCUGCUUGUCGGGCUUCUGGACCGACGACUACCCGGCAGCGCCUGGCGCAAUCAUGUUGGCUAGUAUCUUCUUUGUGACAAUCAUUGAGAUGGUCUUCUCACCAGGUCGACACUGCUGUGGUGGCAACGAAGGAGUAAAAGGUGUUGCCCGCGAUGCAGUACAAGAAAAGGAGAAUGAAGUGUGCACAGCACCAGAUGUCCAAGCUCAGAUGAGAAGGACUUAUUCCGAGGGCAGCAUGCAAGAACAAGUUCGCUCAAUGGGCAACUUGAGAGGCCGAGUCACCAGCAUCAGUCGCACUCUUUCCCAGUACCGUGCAGAAACUCGAAGACUUGGCGCCAUUGAAUCUGCUGAGGAGGCGAGUCCAGCUGAGGUCGAUAAGAAGAGCAACGAAAACGCAAUCGAGGAUCCUGAGACCAAUCAGCAGGGCGUUCAAAUGACGCCCGACCAAGCUCACAAGAAAGCUGUGCUACAGUGCUUUCUCCUAGAGAUGGGUAUUUUGUUCCACAGCAUCUUUAUCGGCAUGUCUCUCGCCGUUGCCAUCGGCAAUGACUUUGUUGUCUUGCUGAUUGCCAUCAUCUUUCAUCAAACCUUCGAAGGCCUCGCUCUCGGUGUACGCAUCGCUGCCAUCUCCUGGCCCGUUCGCUCUCCUCAACCGUGGCUUAUGGCCGUAGCGUACGGCUGCACAACGCCUCUUGGCCAGGCCAUCGGUAUCGCGACGCAUACCCUAUAUAGCCCAGACUCUGAGGUUGGGCUAUUGGUUGUUGGCGUUAUGAAUGCUAUCUCUGCUGGCUUCCUUGUAUUUGCCUCUCUUGUGGAGCUCAUGUCCGAGGACUUUUUGAGUGAUGAGAGCUGGCAGGUGUUGAGGGGCAAGAAUAGGGUCAUAGCAUGCCUAUUGGUCUUCUUUGGGGCUUUCCUGAUGAGCUUGGUUGGAGCCUGGGCAUAG